AUGUAUCUGCUUCAGGGUGUUGUGCUUUCGCUCCUGGCUGCCACGAGUGCAGCCAGUCCUGCGCAAGAUGUUUUGCCUAGACAGUCUGGUGGCGCUGGAUACUCGCUCAAGCAGCCACCGCUGACAACACCAUGGACGGAUAAAGUUGGCACUGAUCCUUGGCCCGAGUAUCCUCGACCUCAAUUGCAACGGCCUCACUGGCAAAAUCUCAAUGGUGUUUGGGGCUACCAGAAUGCGUCAAGUCUAAACGCUGUUCAGAGCCCUCCUUUUCGGCCAGCAGCUUGGCCAGAACGUUUUGGCAUUCAGGGGGUAUAUACUCUGUAUUCGUGGUUCUCCAAUUCAUUCAAGGUUCCUUCGGGCUGGAAGAAUGAGAAAGUGCUUCUAAAUUUCGAUGCUGUUGACUAUGAAGCCACUGUUUUUGUCAAUGGCAAGAAGGCUGGUUUCCACCGGGGAGGAUACUUCCGCUUCACUGUUGACGUAACGCAAUAUGUGAAGAUUGGCCAGGAGAACGAAUUGCUCGUCUUUGUUCAUGACCCAACAGAUGACGGUGACGCUGUCAUCCCCAUCGGCAAGCAAACGCUCCGCCCCAGCCACAUCUUCUACACUCCUUGCAGUGGAAUUUGGCAAUCUGUCUGGCUGGAGGCUGCGCCGCAAAAUCACAUCACCCGGCUUGAUCUCGAUGCUAACAUGCAUGGUCAAGUAAACGUGACCGUCCACACCUCAGCGGCGAAUGCCACUUCAAAUGUUCUGGUCACAGUGCACGACAAUGGAAAGGUGCUGAAGACCCACAGCGGCCCUUCGAACCGGCCUUUCCAGUUCAACGUCGAGUCACCGGAGCUGUGGUCUCCCGACUCGCCUAAGCUAUACAAUGUCACCGUAAAGCUGGGCAAUGACAAGGUCCAGAGUUAUACUGGAUUCCGCACGAUCGAAAAAGGAAAGGUUAAUGGUGUCGUUCGACCGAUGCUGAAUGGCGAGUUUGUCUUCAUGUUUGGCACUUUGGACCAAGGAUUCUGGCCGGAUGGAAUCUAUACUCCUCCUACUAAGGAGGCUAUGGUCUAUGAUCUUAAAGUUCUGAAGAGUCUCGGGUUCAACAUGGUCCGCAAGCACAUCAAAGUCGAGACUGAACUAUUCUACCAAGCCUGUGACGAGAUUGGCCUCCUGGUUAUCCAGGAUAUGCCAUCCCUGCGUCCGUCACAGAGCAAGACAAACCCGGCCGACUGCUCUUCGAGCCCUAUCCUUCCCAAUGCGGAGCAACAGAUUGAGUUUGAUCGCCAACUUGACCUGCUGAUCAAUCAAUUCAAGAGUUUCCCUAGCAUCGCUACUUGGGUUAUCUAUAACGAGGGCUGGGGUCAAAUUACGGAGUAUUUCCCCGAGAUCGAACUUACCGAACGUGUCAAGCAGCUGGAUCCCACUCGCCUGAUCGACUCGGUGACUGGCUGGUAUGACCACGGAGCCGGUGAUUUCAGCGACAACCACCACUACGCCAACCCACAGUGCGGUACUCCCUUCUACUCGAUCAACUCAAGCCCCUACGACGAGACCCGAAUCGGUUUCCAGGGUGAGUUUGGCGGAGUCGGAAGCAACGUUUCGAUCGAGCAUCUCUGGAACGUUCAAGAAGCUAUCAACACUAUCAACCAGACAUACGAAAUCGAUGAGACCAUCGAUGCCUGGAACUAUCGCAGCCACAUUCUUCUUGGCGAACUCGAAGACCAGGUCAAGCGCUUCGCUUGCAGUGGUGGUGUGUGGACUCAAACCACCGACGUCGAGGGUGAAGUCAACGGCUUGAUGACCUAUGAUCGCCGCCUGAAGCGUGUUGAUGAGGGCCAGUGGAAGAGUGAUAUUCAGGCUCUCUAUGACGCUGCCGCUGCUCGCGGCAAUGCGACUAUUUCCACUCUCUAG